UUGUAUUAAAAGAUAUAUUACAUCUUAAAAUUCCUCUUCCAGUGGUAACCAGGUCUAAGUGUCAACACAGCAAGGGACAGGGUUGAGCACACCACAGGGAGGGGAAUCAUAGGGUGCAGCACUCUGCUACUUCUUUAAUGCGGAUCUUUAUUCUUUAUAGUUCUCUUAGCUCUGUCAAAUGGGAUUUAAACUUUCCAUAUUCAAUCUAAGCUACAUAGAUAUGUAGCUAAUAUAUAUGAAUUGCUUAUAUGCAUAACAAUGUUGUAGGUUAUAAUUGUAUGUUUGACUUUAAUGGGGAAAAUAAAGCUGUUGUCAUUGCAAAGCACAUUGUUACGUUUUAUGUGUAUGGAAGAGUUAUCUGCUUGUGUUUGUAUGUGGACUUUUGUAAACAUGUCAAUGUCAAAGAUGUUGAUGCAGUUCCUAUUACCUUCAAUAUUUUUACUAAUCAGAAUCCAGGAAUUAAGAGAACUUGAAUUAGAACUUGAGAACCAACGUGCAAAAUUAAAAAAUUAAAAGAGACAUUCUCACUGCGGAAAAAGAGUUAAAAAUUCAAGAAGUGUUGGAGAACUCAGGCGAUUUUGAAGAUCGUGAUAUUCAGUUAGAAGAAGAAAAAUGUAACCGUACAGAGACAUUCGUGAGGCAAUUAGUGCCUAAUUUUACAUGUAAGCAAGAGACGCUGAAAGAAACAUUGCAAUUUUCAAAUUUCCUUCUAAAGAAAGAACUUUUAUCACGAUUUGUGAAAUUCAAUGAUAAGCCUGAGAACUAUCUUCAUUGGAAAAAACAAUUCAUGUCAUUAGUUGAAGAACUUGAACUGUCACAAAGCGAACUGUUGGACUUGUUGGUAAAAUAUUUAGGUGACAAGUCGUCACCCCAGGCCAUAUCUAUCCGAAACUCUUGCCAAAACGCAGAAAGAGCGCGGAACCAACUAUGGAAACGGUUAAACGACAGAUUUGGCAGAUCUGAAAUGAUUCUUGAUUCGUUGAACAGACGAUUGUUCUCAAUCGAAAGGAUUACAGGCAACCAGGGUUAUUCAAAGCUUUAUGACUUGUUGGACUGGGUUAAUGAGGUUAAUUAUUUGAUGACACGUCAUGAGUUUGUUACAUUGCUAGGGCACUUCAACACUCCAAUGGGCUUAAAUCCAAUGAUACAGAAAUUGCCAGUCACUAUUCAGUCAAAAUGGAUCAACAAGGCAGCGAAUUACAAAGAGACUAACUGCGUUGCAUAUCCGCCAUUUACAGUGUUUACAGAGUUUCUUGAAAGUAUGGCAGGAAGGUUCAAUGAUCCAGCAUUAGUGAUCAGUGACAAACAAAGCCAGAGGUUUGACGCCAAAAGCGUUCCAUCCAGCACAAGGACGCAACAUCACCUCUUAACAAGGAAAACUGAUGUUGAAACACCUCGAGUUCAAGUGCCUGUCCCAUCAGUGCACGAAUGUGCCAUCCAUGGCAAGGGGCAUCCGUUGAAUGCAUGCAGGGCCUUCCGUCAAAAACCAUGUGAAGAACGCAAGCAAAUUCUAUGGGAGAAAAAGAUUUGUUUCAGAUGUUGCAAUUCAAACAGUCACAUGGCAAAGAUUGCAAGGCCAUUGUUACGUGUCGAGUAUGCGACAAAGGUCAUCCAACUGCUCUUCAUGUUCAUAAUGACACAACAACCAUGAGAAGCCACGGCGGGGAGCAAGAAAGCAAAAUUGUUUCGAAAUGUACUGCUGUGUGCGGCGAAAAGGUCAUGUUCCAAAACAGUUUUGGUGAAAGUCAGCGCCCGCACACUACUUUGGGAGAAGGGGUCCGCAGCCCUUAGGAGGGGGAAUUUUCGCGGCGUUUCCCUUUUUGGGGGAUUUUUUUACUUACUCUCUCAUUAUUACAUUUGUACAUGUUUGCACUAUAUUCAUUGCAUUUUUCAUAAUUUAGUAUGUUUGCAAAGAUUAAAUUGAAAAAGAAUUGAGAUAUAAUAAUCAUGAGACACAUCUUUCUAUUAAAAAAAAAAAAAAAAAAAUUUUUUUUUUUAGGGGGAAUUUUCCCCCAAAAAGGGGAAAAAAGUAUACUUUUCAGGUGGGGGACUGCCGCCAAAUUUCGGCGGCAGAUUUAAUAGAUUGAGGGCCCUGAAAGUAUUCAAGCCCGAAGAGCCAGACAGAUACAUUUAUACAUACGCCGUACAUGAUGAUCAAAGCAACCGAUCCCUUGCAAGCUCGGAACUAUUAGAUGAGCUUAGAAUUGCAGAUGCGAGACAGCGAUACACACUUUCAUCUUGCGCAGGAAAGACAAGUAUCUUAUCUAGAAGUGUUUUGAAUCUCAUGGUCUGUGCAAUUGAUGACUCUUGUCAGUUAGAAGUCAAGAACUUAGUUGAGUGUGAAAUUCCUAGUGACAUAUCUGAAAUACCCACACCGGAAGUUGCUGCAUUGCUUUCCCACCUGAAGCCAAUCAAGGACAAGUUCUCUGAACUCAUGGAGAAUCCGCACAUAGGGCUACUGAUUUGCAGAGAUAUCCCAGAAGCACAUCAUGUUCUGGAACAAGUGCUAGAUGAUCAGAAGCAAUUGCCAUUUGCACAAAAACUACCACUUGGUUGGGUUUUUAUUGGCGAAGUGUGUUUGGGCCAGUUGCAUAUGAACGAGACUUGUAAGAACAUAAGAACAUUCAAGACUCAAGUGUUGAACGCAGACAGAACAACUUUGUUGUGCCCUUGCCCGAAUGCUUUGAAAGUAAGUGAGAAAAUCAACACAAGUGAUGAUAUUUUCAAGGUCACUAAAGCUGAUGAUCAAGUUGGACUGUCCCAAGAUGACCAGAUGUUCCUUCAAAUCAUGGACAAUACAAUAGACAUUAGAGAUGGUCAUUGGACAGCUCCGUUGCCACUAAAGAAUCCCAGAGAAAAGCUCCCAAAUAACAAGCUAAGUGUUUAUAAGAGAGCUACCAGCCUAUGGGCUUCACUACAGAAAAAUCCAGUGAAACAAGAGCAAAUGCACAAGUUCAUGCAACAGAUACUAGAUUCUGGCGCAGUAGAAGAGGCCCCACCACUGAAUGAAGACACAUAACGCUGGUAUCUACCUUUCUUUGGGGUAUAUCAUUCACCCGCUCAAGCCAAUCAAGGUCCGAGGAGUGUUUGAUUCAUCUGCAGUAUUUAAUGGAAAUUGAACACUGAACAACAUUCUCUUGACUGGACCAAACUGCACGAAUAGUCUGCUUGGUGUACUUCUGCGUUUCAGAUGUAAUGCUGUAGCUGUCAUGUGCGACGUGCAGCAGAUGUUCUAUUGCUUCAAGGUCAACAAGGAACACCGUGAUUUGCUUCGUUUCUUUUGGCACAAAGACAACAAUCCAAAGAAAGAGCUAAUAGAAUACCGAAUGACGGUUCAUGUCUUUGGGAACAGCCCUUCGCCAGCUAUAGCCACCUACUGCCUCAGAAAAGCUGUCGAGACUGCAGAUGAAGAUGUGAGAACCUUUGUAAACAGGGACUUCUAUGUAGACGAUGCCUUGACAUCACAUUUAAAGGAAGAAGAAGCCAUUGACUUGAUUAAAAGAACGCAAGAAACCUUGAGUAGAAGCAGUAUUAGACUGUAUAAGAUAGCCUCUAAUUCUAGAGUCGUGAUAAGCAGUUUCCCAGUAGAAGACCUCGCAAUUGACAUGACAUCCUUUGACAUCUCUACAGAUGAAAUGCCCGAUCAGGCUAGUCUAGGUUUGAAAUGGAAUACCAAUGCCGAUACAUUUGAGUUUAAGAUCAACAUUGCUGAAAGACCAUUCACAAGGCGAGAAGUAGUUGCCACAGUCAACAGCAUUUUUGACCCGCUAGGAUUUCUUGCGCCUGUGACAAUAGAAGGAAAAAUCUUGGUACGGGAAAUCAUGAAUGAGGCCACAUCGUCAGAUUGGGAUGAGCCGUUGCCAAGACACUUAGAAGGAAAAUGGGAACAAUGGAAAAACUCAUUAACCUCAUUGAAUGACAUAGCCAUUCCACGUAUGUACACCAUGACCAAUUUUACCGCAGAGGAUGCACUACACAUUUAUUCAGAUGCGUCUGAAAAAGCAAUAUCGGCUGUCUGUUUUGUGAUGACUGCAACUGAAACAGGGUUUGUGCUCGGAAAAUCAAGGUUGGCACCUGCAAACACAACCAUUCCACGCUUAGAGUUGUGUGCAGCAGUCUUGGCCACUGAGGUAGCAGAAAUUAUCUCGGAGCAUCUUGAUUAUCCCAUGGAGAGAUUCAUUUUUCAUUCUGACAGCAGAGUUGUUCUCGGGUAUUUGAACAAUCAGUCUAGAAGAUUUUACACAUACGUAGCCAACAGAGUACAAAUCAUCUUGAAACGCACUAAUGUCCACCAGUGGAACUAUGUACAUACAUCAAACAACCCAGCAGAUCUCGCCACACGUUGUGCGACACCUGCCAAGAAAUCGGAUGCAAGUAUGUGGAUUAGAGGACCGAAGACACUUCCGAAUGAAACACGUUCUCCCGACACAUUCACCCUGGUAGAUGAAGGCAAGGAUAGCGAAAUUUGACCUCUUGUGAAGGUUUCAAAAACAGACAUUAAUCGUGACAUAACUGAAACAUUCAGAAAUUCUCUAGUUGGAAGUCUUUGAAAAUCACACAUUGCUGGUCUGCUUGUAAAUCAUUUUCAUGUUUUAGUUCACCAUCAGGGUAGACUUUAUACAGAGGCAGCCAUAAGAAACCAUUGCUAUUGGAUAGUCGGGGUGAAACGUUUAGUAUCCAGCAUCAUAUACCAGUGCGUUACUUGCAGGCGCUUGCGUGGCAACUUUGUGAAUCAACAGAUGGCCAACCUUCCUGAAGAUAGACUUACCCCAGGACCUCCAUUCACAUACGUUGGUGUGGAUACCUUCGGACCAUGGCCAGUUGUGACACGGCGUACCAGAGGAGGGGUUGCAGAGAGCAAACGAUGGGCCAUCAUAUUUGUUUGCUUAUUCACCUGAGCAUCUCAUAUAGAAGUGAUCGAGGACAUGAGUAGCUCAGCCUUUAUAAACGCUCUACGACGAUUCAUCUCUGUGCGGGGACCUGUGAAAGAAUUUCGAUCUGAUCGUGGAACCAAUUUUGUUGGUGCUUUGAAGGACAUUAAAGCUGAUGCAAUUUGUGUUGAAGACCCACCCAUAAAAGCAUUUCUCAAGGAUAAGGAAGUCGCCUGGAUCUUGAACACCCCACACGCUUCGCACAAGGGAGGAUGUUGGGAGCGUAUUAUUGGACUAACUCGAAUUAUUCUUAAUGCAAUGCUUUUGAAUACCCAAGGUCAAAAACUCACACACGAAGUGUUGUGUACAUUGAUGUGUGAAGUGUGUGCUGUGCUAAAUAGUCGACCGAUUGGGCCAAUCACCUACGAUCCGCUCGACCCAGUCCUGAUAACCCCAUGGAUGUUGCUGACACAGAAAUCUGGACACCUGCCACCUCUGACAACUUCUACGGACAUCAGAGAAAUCUACGCUUCUCAGUGGAAACAUGUUCAAAUACUUUCUAACAUGUUUUGGAAGCGUUGGCAAAAAGAUUAUUUAAGUAGCCCUCAGGGUCGACGAAAGUGGCUCGAGCUUCGGGAUGAUGUCAAACCGGGAGAUGUCAUGUUGCUGAAGGAGAGUUCGGAGAGAAACCAGUGGCCAAUGGCGGUAGUAGAGCGAGUUUUCCCCGGAACCGACGAAAUAGUGAGGUCACUUGAAGUGAGGUUGCAUCAUAGAGACGGACAGUCAGCAAAAUACAUAAGACCUAUAACGCAAGUGGUGCGGUUGAUUGACUGAAUUUUGUGUGUAAAACAGUGUUAUGUUUUAAUUGCUAAGCUUUAUGUUUAAUAAUUGAUGUUAUAUUCAUGUACAACCUUUGUGUACCUAUUAUUCAAGGUUGAGUGUAUUUUUGCUAUAUUUUUCUUUUCUUGGGAUCUUUGAUACUUUUUUAUGUUAGACAAAAGUUGUAAAUUGAUAGUGAUAUCUUCAUGAUAUCAGACGGGGAGUGUGUUGUUCCUUAGCUUGAUUAUUAGUUGUAUGUAACCUGACCGAUUUUUCCAACGCUAUAAUUUUUACAAGAAAUCGUUUGGUCACGUUUUUCUUAAAUUAAAAAACCCCUUUGCAAGCUUCAUUGUCCAGGUAAACAAAUAGAAAGAGCAUAUUUUGAUACAUUUUUAUGUAUUUGAUUAUUAUACAAACUAUUUUUAUUAGACUGUUCAGCGAUUUUCUUACUAUUUUGCUGAUAAGAUUUUUUGUUUGUUCGUACUCUAACGAUUCGUUCCAUUUUUGUGUUUCGGAUUAUCAUUUGUUCAGUGUAAACUCUCCGCUUGAAUCUUAUGUAACUCAUCAUAUGUGUAAAACAUGAUAGAUCCCGUUCCUUUUUAUACGCCCGUCUAUGACGGGACGUAUUAUGGUAUACCCCGCGUCCGUCUGUCCGUCCGUCUGUCCGUCCGUCUGUCCGUCCGUCUGUCCGUCCGUCUGUCCGUCCGUCCGUCCGUCCGUCUGUUAAUGUCGUACGCUACGUCAAAUAUCCUUUGACAGAUUUUCUUCAAAUUUUAACACAAUCUUAAUAUUGAUAAACCCUGAUCCCCUUUCGUUUUUGACGGAAUUCUGAAUUGUCGUUCCAGAGUUAUGGGACUUUGUUCGUCAAAAUUUCGUGAUUUCAUUGAAUGUCCUACUGUAGCUCAAAUAUCCUUCGAUGGAUUUUUUUCAAAUUUCAACCCAAUCUUAAUAUUGAUAAACCCUGAUCCCCUUUCGUUUUUGACGGAAUUCUGAAUUGUCGUUCCAGAGUUAUGGGACUUUGUUCGUCAAAAUUUCGUGAUUUCAUUGAAUGUCCUACCGUAGCUCAAAUAUCCUUCGAUGGAUUUUUUUCAAAUUUUAACACAAUCUUAAUAUUCAUAAACCCUGAUCCCCUUUCAUUUUUGACGGAAUUCUGAAUUGUCGUUCCAGAGUUAUGCGACUUUGUUCGUCAAAAUUUCGUGAUUUCAUUAAAUAAACUGAAGUAAAAAAAUGAUUCAAAGGGUUAUUUAUUACCUUACUACUUCAUUGGCGAACGACGGGCGUAUCAUGCGCUCAUGGCGCAGCAGUUUAU